AUGUCGUGGUCCGGCUUCAAGAAGAAUGUCAGUCGGACAACGACGCAAGUCUUGGUGAAGGCAGGAAAGGUCGAGAAGACCAGCGAUCGCGAAUAUGAAGUGGAAGAGCGGCGUUACCGAACGCUCGAAUCGGCGUCUUUGCGACUACAGAAGGAAGCGAAGGGCUACCUUGACAGCUUGCGCGCCAUGACUGCGAGUCAAAUGCGGAUAGCUGAGACAAUCGAUGCUUUCUAUGGAGACAGUGGAGCGCGCGAUGGUGUGAGCAGGAGUUAUAAGCAGGCUGUGGAAGAUUUGGAUGCCGAGACCGUGAAGGCGCUGGAUGGGCCAUACAGGACGACCGUGCUCGAGCCGAUCAACCGCUUCUGUGCCUAUUUUCCGGAUAUUAACGAAUGUAUCAAAAAGCGAAACCACAAGAUGCUUGACUAUGAUUCAAUGCGAAGCAAAGUCAAGCGGCUGGUAGAAAAGCCAGACAAGGACCCCUCGAAGCUGCCGCGUGCAGAGAAGGAGGCUGACAUGGCGAAAGCGGCAUACGAACAGCUCAACCAGCAGCUGACAGAUGAGCUGCCCCAACUGAUCGAUCUACGUGUGCCAUAUCUUGACCCUUCAUUCGAGGCUUUGGUCAAAAUCCAACUGCGCUUCUGUGCAGAAGCAUACAGCCGCAUGGCACAAGUACAGCAAUACCUCGAUGCUUCGACAAGAGAUCAAUAUGCAAGUGGUGACCUAGAUGCCAGAGUGGAGGAUGUACUAGGACAGAUUCGGGAAUUGAGUAUUGCCGGGACGGUCUAG